AAAAAAAGAAAAGAAACUGGCUGGAGUGAGAAGUUAAAUCACGGAAAAGAUAUGUGUUGCUGCUUAAUCCAGCCCAGGACUGAAAAGGAGGAUCAUUGAGAAAGAAGGAGAGCACAAUCUGAGAGUGCACUUUCUUGACUUUUGUUGCCUGUUGUUGACGAUAUGGAAGAAGCCAUCAAAACGAUCGUGACCACGUUUGUCGGUCAUGCCAAGGGGAAGGAGAACCUAAAGUCAGGCGCCUUCAAGAAGAUGGUACAGCAGAAUUUCGGCUCCAUCAUGGAAGACACAGACAGCUCAUCUGCCAUUAAGGAGAUGCAGCAGGGACUGGAUGCUAACAACGAUGGAGAGGUCAGCUUCCAGGAAUACCUCACUCUGAUUGGCUAUGUGGCCAAUUCCAUGAGUAAAAAAGUGUGUGACUCUAAUCAAGUGGCGGCUCCCUAGAUGUUUCUGAAGCUGUUUGCUUUGGUGGAUCUUCAGAUUAUCAGCCUCUUCUGUCCUUACCAGAAUCCUCCCCUUAUUCCAGACGUUCCAGUCGUCAUGUGUACUUCUAGUGCGUAACAGUCCAUUAACAUUUACAUCACUAUAAUCUAACAGUUGUCUAAUACUUCACCGUAACGGUUUUGAUUCUUAGUCACACUAUCUCUGAUCUCUGAUCAGUCAGGGACACACUGAAGGGCUCUGAGCCAGGCAUGAGUUUUUAUACCAACGACACAAAAAGAUACUUACCAUAUUUGCAAAAAAUAAAAAGCUUUAUAUGAAAAACCA